AUGGCCAGCCAGCAGGACUCGGGCUUCUUUGAAAUCAGCAUCAAAUAUUUACUGAAAUCCUGGAGCAGCACUGCUCCUGUUGGCAACGGUUACAUCAAGCCUCCAGUUCCACCUGUGUCUGGUGCCCAGAGGGAGAAGGGGCCGCCCGCCAUGCUGCCCCUCAGCGUGGACCCCGACAGCAAGCCCGGCGAGUACGUCCUCAAGAGCCUGUUCGUCAACUUCACUGCCCAGGCCGAGCGCAAGGUUCGCAUCAUCAUGGCGGAGCCCCUGGAGAAGCCUCUGACAAAAUCUCUACAACGUGGAGAAGACCCUCAAUUUGAUCAGGUCAUCAGCUCCAUGAGCUCCCUGUCUGAGUACUGCCUGCCCUCCAUGCUCCGCACCUUGUUUGACUGGUACAAGAGGCAAAACGGCAUGGAGGAUGAAUCCCACGAGUACAGACCAAGGACAACCAGUAAAUCCAAAAGUGACGAACAACAACGAGAUUAUUUAAUGGAAAGACGGGACCUCGCCAUUGAUUUUAUUUUUUCUUUAGUAUUAAUAGAAGUUUUGAAACAGAUUCCGCUUCACCCCGUGGUAGACAGUUUAAUCCAUGAUGUCAUUAACUUGGCUUUCAAGCACUUUAAGUACAAAGAAGGGUACCUGGGCCCCAACACUGGGAACAUGCACAUCGUGGCAGAUCUGUACGCCGAAGUCACCGGGGUGCUGGCACAAGCUAAAUUCCCUGCUGUGAAGAAGAAAUUUAUGGCAGAGCUGAAGGAAUUGCGGCGUAAGGAACAGAACCCCUACGUGGUACAAAGUAUCAUCAGCCUGAUAAUGGGGAUGAAAUUCUUUCGGAUUAAGAUGUAUCCAGUGGAAGACUUUGAGGCAUCUCUUCAGUUUAUGCAGGAAUGCGCUCAUUACUUCCUGGAGGUCAAAGACAAAGACAUCAAGCACGCCUUGGCUGGGCUGUUCGUGGAGAUCCUGGUCCCAGUGGCCGCCGCUGUGAAGAACGAAGUGAACGUCCCCUGCCUCAGAAACUUCGUCGACAGCCUCUACGACGCCACUCUGGAGCUCUCUUCACGCAAGAAGCAUUCCCUGGCCCUGUACCCGCUGGUGACCUGCCUGCUCUGUGUCAGUCAGAAACAGCUGUUUCUCAACAGGUGGCACGUGUUCCUCAACAACUGCUUGUCCAACCUUAAGAAUAAAGACCCCAAGAUGGCCCGGGUGGCGCUGGAGUCCCUGUACCGGUUACUGUGGGUUUACAUGAUUCGCAUCAAAUGUGAAAGCAACACGGCCACUCAGAGCCGACUUAUAACCAUCGUGACAACACUUUUCCCCAAAGGGUCCCGCGGUGUGGUACCCAGAGAUAUGCCUCUCAACAUCUUUGUGAAGAUCAUCCAAUUCAUUGCACAGGAGCGUUUAGAUUUUGCAAUGAAGGAAAUAAUUUUCGACUUUCUCUGUGUGGGGAAGCCAGCGAAGGCGUUCAGCCUCAACCCGGAGAGAAUGAACAUCGGCUUACGGGCAUUCCUAGUCAUAGCUGACAGCUUGCAGCAGAAAGAUGGCGAGCCGCCCAUGCCGGUCACAGGUGCUGUUCUUCCCUCAGGAAACACACUCAGAGUGAAGAAGACAUACUUGAGCAAAACUCUAACUGAAGAGGAAGCCAAAAUGAUAGGAAUGUCAUUGUAUUACUCUCAAGUGCGGAAGGCUGUGGACAACAUCUUACGGCACCUCGAUAAAGAGGUGGGCAGGUGCAUGAUGCUCACCAACGUGCAGAUGCUGAACAAGGAGCCGGAGGACAUGAUCACGGGUGAAAGGAAGCCGAAGAUCGACCUCUUCAGGACAUGUGUGGCCGCCAUCCCUCGGCUCCUCCCCGACGGCAUGUCCAAGCUCGAGCUCAUUGACUUGCUGGCGAGGCUGUCCAUCCACAUGGACGAUGAGCUCCGCCACAUCGCACAGAACUCUCUGCAGGGCCUGCUGGUGGACUUCCCGGACUGGAGAGAAGACGUCCUGUUCGGCUUCACCAACUUCCUACUGCGUGAGGUCAAUGACGUGCACCACACACUCCUCGACUCAUCCCUCAAGCUGCUGCUGCAGCUGCUCACCCAAUGGAAGCUGGUCAUGCAGACCCAGGGGAGGGGCUGCGAGCAGGUCGGCAAGGUGAGGGCACCGAGGCUCGUCCCCAGCGGGUCGAGUCACAGGAUGCCGGCGGAGCGUGGCCCGCACUGCAGCGUCCUGCACGCCGUUGAGGGCUUCGCUCUGGUCCUGCUCUGCAGCUUCCAGGUGGCCACCCGCAAGCUGUCGGUGCUGAUUCUCAAGGAGAUCCGAGCCCUGUUUGCUGUGCUGGGGCAGCCUGAGGACGAUGACCGGCCGAUGAUUGACGUGAUGGACCAGCUGAGCUCGUCCAUCCUGGAGAGUUUCAUCCACGUGGCCGUGUCGGAUACGGCCACGCUCCCGCUGACCCACAGCGUGGACCUGCAGUGGCUGGUGGAGUGGUCGGCCGUCCUGGUCAACAGCCAUUACGAUGUGAAGAGCCCGUCCCACGUCUGGAUCUUCGCGCAGUCGGUCAAGGACCCCUGGGUGCUCUGUCUCUUCAGCUUCCUGCGGCAGGAGAACCUACCCAAGCACUGCCCCAUGGCCCUCAGCUACGCCUGGCCGUACGCCUUCACGCGCCUGCAGUCAGUCAUGCCGCUGGUGGAUCCCAACAGCCCGAUCAACGCCAAGAAAACCAGCAGCUCCGGCGGUGGCGACAACUACGUGACCCUGUGGAGGAACUACCUCAUCCUGUGCUUUGGGGUCGCCAAGCCCAGCAUCAUGAGCCCCGGCCACCUGCGGGCAUCCACCCCCGAGAUCAUGGCCACCACGCCUGACGGCAGCGUGAGCUACGACAACAAGGCCAUUGGCACCCCAUCUGUGGGUGUCCUGCUGAAGCAGCUGGUGCCUCUGAUGAGACUAGAGAGCAUUGAGAUCACAGAGUCCUUGGUGCUGGGCUUCGGACGGACGAAUUCCCUCGUUUUCAGAGAGCUGGUAGAAGAACUUCACCCCUUAAUGAAAGAAGCUCUGGAGCGGAGGCCAGAGAACAAGAAGCGCCGGGAGAGGCGAGACUUGCUACGGCUGCAGUUACUGAGGAUUUUCGAGCUCCUGGCCGACGCGGGCGUCAUCAGUGACAGUACGAAUGGGGCCUUAGAACGGGACACACUGGCCCUGGGGGCACUGUUCUUAGAAUACGUGGACCUGACCCGCAUGCUCCUGGAAGCUGAGAAUGAUAAAGAAGUCGAGAUCCUCAGGGACAUCCGGGCACACUUCAGCGCCAUGGUGGCAAACUUGAUCCAGUGUGUUCCAGUCCACCACCGAAGGUUUCUGUUCCCCCAGCAAAGCCUGAGGCACCAUCUCUUCAUCCUGUUCAGCCAGUGGGCAGGCCCCUUCAGCAUCAUGUUCACGCCUCUGGAUCGCUACAGUGACAGGAAUCAUCAGAUCACCAGAUACCAGUACUGUGCGUUAAAGGCCAUGUCAGCAGUGCUGUGUUGUGGGCCUGUCUUCGACAAUGUGGGCCUUUCCCCAGACGGCUACCUGUACAAGUGGCUGGACAACAUUCUUGCUUGUCAGGACUUACGAGUUCACCAGCUUGGCUGUGAAGUUGUCGUCUUGCUCUUAGAACUUAACCCUGACCAGAUAAAUCUUUUUAAUUGGGCUAUUGAUCGAUGCUACACGGGAUCCUACCAGCUGGCGUCCGGCUGCUUCAAAGCCAUAGCAACCGUGUGUGGAAGCAGGAACUAUCCCUUUGACUUGGUGACACUGCUAAACCUGGUUCUGUUCAAGGCCUCCGACACCAACAGGGAGAUGUAUGAGCUUUCGAUGCAGCUCAUGCAGAUCCUCGAAGCCAAGCUUUUCGUGUACUCGAAGAAGGUGGCGGAGCAGAGACCCGGGAGCCUGCUGUACGGGACACAUGGGCCUCUGCCACCCCUCUACAGCAUGUCCCUGGCACUGCUGUCCUGUGAGCUGGCCAGGAUGUACCCGGAGCUCACGCUGCUUCUCUUCUCAGAGGUGAGCCAGCGCUUCCCCACGACCCACCCGAAUGGCCGGCAGGUCAUGCUCACGUACCUGCUGCCCUGGUUGCACAACAUCGAGCUGGUGGACAGCAGGCUGCUCCUCCCGGGCUCCAGCCCCAGCAGCCCCGAGGACGACACCAAGGACCGGGACGUGGAUGUGGCCGUCUGCCACGGGCUGCGAGGCACCGGCUGGGGCUCCCCGGAAGCCACCUCGCUGGUCCUCAACAACCUCAUGUACAUGACGGCCAAGUACGGAGAUGAAGUGCCCGGGCCCGAGAUGGAGAACGCGUGGAACGCCUUGGCCAACAACGAGAAGUGGAGCAACAACCUGCGGGUCACCCUGCAGUUCCUCAUCAGCCUGUGCGGGGUCAGCAGCGACACCAUCCUGCUGCCCUACAUCAAGAAGGUGGUCAUCUACCUGUGCAGAAACAGUACCAUCCAGACCAUGGAGGAGCUGCUGUUCGAGCUGCAGCAGACAGAGCCGGUCAACCCCAUCGUCCAGCACUGUGACAACCCGCCCUUCUACCGCUUCACGGCCAGCAGCAAGGCAUCCGCCGCAGCCUCGGGGACCACGUCCAGCAGCAACACAGUCGUGGCCGGUCAGGACAGCUUCCCAGAUGCCGAGGACAGCAAGAUGCUGAAAGAGUCCGAUGAGAGGUUCAGCAAUGUCAUCAGAACCCACACUCGCCUGGAGUCAAGGUACAGCAACAGCUCUGGAGGAUCGUAUGACGAGGAUAAGAACGACCCCGUUUCUCCCUACACGAGCUGGCUGCUGACCAUCGUGGAGACCAAGCAGCCGCAGCCUUUGCCGAUGCCCUGCACCGGAGGCUGCUGGGCGCCCCUGGUCGACUACCUCCCUGAAACCAUCACCCUGCGAGGGCCUCUCCAUCGAUGCAACAUCGCUGUCAUUUUUCUGACUGAGAUGGUGGUGGAUCACAGUGUGCGCGAAGACUGGGCCCUUCACCUCCCCUUGCUGCUCCACGCCGUGUUCCUGGGCCUGGACCACUACCGGCCCGAGGUCUUCGAGCACAGCAAGAAGCUGCUUCUGCACCUGCUCAUCGCGCUGUCCUCCAACAGCAGCUUUCACAGCAUCGCCUCUGUGCUGCUGCAGACGCGGGAGAUGAGUAAAGCCAAGACGCUCACCGUGCAGCCGGCCUACCAGCCCGAGCACCUCUACACAGGUGGCUUUGACUUCCUGAGGGAGGACCAGUCCUCACCUGUGCCCGACUCUGGGCUGAGCUCCAGUUCUACCUCAUCCAGCAUCAGCCUGGGAGGCAGCAGCGGGAACCUCCCACACAUGAGCCAGGAAGUGGAGGACGUGGAGGCCGUCGAGACCGAUGAGAAGGCCAACAAGCUCAUCGAGUUUCUGACCACCAGGGCAUUUGGGCCACUCUGGUGCCAUGAAGACAUCACCCCCAAAAACCAGAACUGCAAGAGUGCAGAGCAGCUCACUAACUUCCUGCACCACGUCGUGUCUGUGUUCAAGGACUCCAAGUCAGGUUCCCACUUGGAGCAGCACCUGAGCGAGGCCGCCCUGCAGACGGCCCUGGCCAGCUCGUCCAGGCACUACGCCGGGAGGUCCUUCCAGAUCUUCAGGGCCCUGAAGCAGCCGCUGUCAGCCCAUGCCCUGUCCGACCUGCUCUCGCGGCUGGUGGAGGUGAUAGGAGAACAUGGUGAUGAGAUCCAGGGUUAUGUCAUGGAAGCCCUUUUGACCUUGGAGGCAGCUGUGGAUAACCUGUCUGACUGCUUGAAGAACAGCGACCUCCUGACUGUGCUGUCUCGCUCCUCAUCACCAGAUUUAAGUGCCAGCACAAAACUAACGGCCAGCAGAAAGAGCACCGGCCAGCUCAACGUGAGCCCGGGGCCGGCCGGCGGCGGCACGACCACGGCAGAGCGCAGCCGCCACCAGCGGAGCUUCUCUGUCCCCAAGAAGUUUGGUGUCGUGGACCGCUCUUCGGACCCCCCGCGGAGCGCCACCCUGGACAGAAUCCAGGCGUGCACCCAGCAGGGCCUGUCCGCCAAGACCAGGAGCGCCUCGUCCCUGAAGGACAGCCUGGCUGACCCCGCCCACAUCAGCCAUCCCACCAACCUGCUGGCCACCAUCUUCUGGGUCACCGUGGCCCUGAUGGAGUCUGACUUCGAGUUCGAAUACCUCAUGGCCUUGCGGCUCUUGAACAGGGUCCUGGCUCACAUGCCCCUGGAUAAAGCUGAGACGCGGGAAAAGCUCGAGAAGCUCCAGGCCCAGCUCAAGUGGGCCGACUUCGCGGGCUUACAGCAGCUGCUGCUCAAGGGCUUCACGUCCCUCACCACCACGGACCUGACCCUGCAGCUCUUCAGCCUGCUCACGCCCGUGUCCAGGGUGCCCAUGGUGGACGCGUCCCAGGCCAUCGGCUUUCCGCUGAAUGUCUUGUGUCUGCUGCCGCAGCUGAUUCAGCAUUUUGAAAAUCCCAACCAGUUCUGUAAGGAUGUGGCCGAAAGGAUCGCUCAGGUCUGCUUGGAGGAGAAGAACCCCAAGCUGUCCAACCUCGCCCACGUCAUGACGCUGUAUAAAACGCACAGCUACACGAGGGACUGUGCCACGUGGGUCAACGUCGUCUGCCGCUACCUGCACGAAGCGUACGCCGACGUCACCUUGAACAUGGUCACCUACCUGGCCGAGUUGCUGGAGAAAGGCCUCCCCAGCAUGCAGCAGUCCCUGCUUCAGGUCAUCUACAGCCUGCUCAGCUACGCCGACCUGUCGGGCAUCCCCGUGAAGCAGUUCAACGUGGAAGUCCUCAAGACGAUUGAGAAGUACGUGCAGAGCGUCCACUGGAGAGAAGCCCUCAAUAUCCUGAAGCUGGUGGUCUCUCGGUCCGCCAGCCUGGUGCUGCCCACCUACCAGCACAGCGACCUGGCCAAGAUUGAGAUCCACCACGUGUGGACCAGCGCGUCCAAGGAGCUGCCCGGGAAGACGCUGGACUUUCACUUCGAUAUCUCAGAGACUCCUGUCAUCGGGCGCCGGUACGAUGAGCUGCAGGAUUCUUCAGGGCGCGAUGGCAAGGCCAGGGCCAUGGCUGUCACCCGGAGCACGUCCUCCACCUCGUCAGGCUCCAACUCCAACGUCCUGGUUCCUGUGAGCUGGAAACGGCCUCAGUAUUCUCAGAAGAGGACCAAGGAGAAGCUGGUGCACGUCCUCUCUCUGUGUGGACAAGAAGUCGGACUCAGCAAGAACCCAUCGGUGAUCUUCUCAUCGUGCGGGGACGCGGAGCUGCUGGAGCACCAGGUGAGCCUCGUGUCCUCGGAGGACGGCGCCAGGGACCAGGACAACGCAGACGACGCCAAUAGCGAGCAGCAGUUCAGGGUCUUCCGGGACUUCGACUUCCUGGACGUGGAGCUGGAGGACGGGGAGGGUGAGAGCAUGGACAACUUCAACUGGGGCGUGCGCCGACGCUCACUGGACAGCCUGGACAAGUGUGACAUGCAGCUGGACCAGCGCCAGCUGGCAGGGGGCACGCCCAGCCUCAGCAAGAUGAACGCUGAGGACUCGGACGAGUCGUCGGAGGAGGAGGGCCAGCUCCUGGAGCACGCAGACCUCAUGAUGACCCUGUCCCCCUCAGAGGACGCCAACCACAUGGAGUCGCUAGCCAUGGCCUGUGACGCCUCACCGGCUGACCCCCAUUCCUACAGCACCAGGAUGGCAGCCUACGGCGCCGCUCUGCCCGACGGGAAUGGCCUGCAGGCUGCUGAGGGCUCCAAGGCAGAGGCCGGGCAUGAGGGGGAGGACCCCACCAUGCAAGAGGACGACCUUUCUAGUUCCAUCAAUGAGCUCCCAGCCACUUUUGAGUGCAGCGACAGCUUCAGCCUGGACAUGACGGAGGGGGAGGAGAAGGGCGAGCGCGGGCUGGACCAGUGCACCCUCGCCAGCUUUGGAGAAGGGGACAGGGGGGUCUCCCCUCCUCCCUCGCCCUUCUUCUCUGCCAUCCUCGCUGCCUUCCAGCCCACGGCGUGUGACGACGCAGAGGAGGCCUGGCGGAGCCACAUCAACCAGCUCAUGUGUGAUUCGGACGGCUCCUGUGCUGUCUACACAUUCCAUGUGUUCUCCUCCUUGUUCAAGAACAUUCAGAAGAGGUUCUGCUUUCUGACCUGUGAUGCAGCCAGUUACCUGGGAGACAGCCUCCGGGGCAUCGGCUCCAAGUUUGUCAGCUCCUCCCAGAUGCUCACCUCCUGCUCCGAGUGCCCCACCCUUUUUGUGGACGCUGAGACGCUCCUUUCCUGUGGGCUUCUGGACAAGCUCAAGUUCAGUGUCUUAGAACUGCAAGAAUACCUGGACACCUACAACAACAGGAAAGAGGCCACUCUCUCAUGGCUCGCAAACUGUAAGGCCACGUUUGCCGGCGGCUCACGGGACGGAGUGAUCACGUGCCAGCCCGGCGACUCGGAAGAAAAGCAGCUGGAGCUGUGUCAGAGGCUGUACAAGCUCCACUUCCAGCUGUUGCUGCUCUUCCAGUCCUACUGCAAGCUCAUUGGCCAGGUGCACGAAGUCAGCUCCACGCCCCAGCUGCUCAACAUGUCCUGGGAGCUGAGCGAGCUCAAGCGGAACCUGAAGGAGACCACAGCAGCCAUCGCCACGGACCCCCCGUACGUGGAGGGCGCCUGGGCAGAGCCCACCUUCACGUCCACCGAGGCGGCCAUCCAGUCCAUGCUGGAGUGUCUGAAGAACAACGAGCUGGGCCGAGCUCUGCGGCACAUCAGGGAGUGCAGGAGUCUGUGGCCCAAUGACAUCUUCGGCAGCAGCUCCGACGACGAGGUGCAGACCCUCCUGAACAUCUACUUCCGACACCAGACCCUGGGCCAGACGGGGACCUACGCGCUGGUGGGCUCGGACCGCAGCCUGGCGGAGAUCUGCACCAAGCUGAUGGAGCUCAACACGGAGAUCCGGGACAUGAUCCGCCGGGCCCAGAGCUACCGCGUCCUCACGGCCUCCCUCCCAGGCUCCAGUGUGUCCGGCACGAGUCUCUGA